UCGUGAAGAAAGCAUCAGAAUAGCAACAGAAUACAACGACAUGCCUGAAACGUUCUCCCCAGGGUCAACUACUGCAGCGCCUGUCUUCUCCAACAAAGGGCAGAGUUACUACAAGGGCCUCGCUGUGGCGUUUGGACUCCUGUGUCUCCUACAAGUCGGUCUCAAUGUUUCCCUUCGUAUAUACAAUUCUGGAAAGAUGGCCAACAUUGACUUCAAUUGUGCAAAUGAGACUGCAGUCAUGAAGAUGAAGCUCCAUGAAUUAGAGGAAUAUCUCCAACAAGGAUGGCUGUAUAUCCAUCCCAGUCUCUACUACGUGUCACCAGCGAGGAAAUCCUGGUUUGACAGCAGAAACUUCUGUGUUGAAAGAGGUGCAGACCUGGUGGUCAUCAACAGCAGAGAAGAGCAGGAGUUCAUGAAUAAAUUUGGAAAGAUCACAUGGAUUGGACUGAGUCAACAGCAGGACAACGGGCAGUGGGUUUGGGUGGACGGGACUCCGCUGAACAUGAGCUUCUGGUCCCUUGGAGAGCCCAAUGAUUUUGAGGGAAUUGAGGAAAACUGCACUGAAAUAAAUGACCGUCCUGUAGGAAAGAGCUGGAAUGAUGCUGACUGUCAAAUUGAGAAAUCUUGGAUCUGUGAGAAGAAUAUAAAUUUACUGCAACAAAUGCAUUGCUUUGCUUCAGCAGCAUCACUGUCUGUCCCACCUCAAUAGUCCACUGUUAUCUAGAGUGAAACUUGCUGUUUCAAUCAUGCUUCUGAACAACUCACAGAGGGAUUUGUGCAGCAUGAAUGGAUUUGUUUCAACAUUUCAUCUGAAGGAAGGGACGUUUUUGUGCAGUGAUGCAUUUUACACGAUUAUUAUUAGUGGCUUCUGGUAAAAACAAUUAUAAGAUGUGAUGA